UCUUUCUAAAAUUUCUCAAGGAGUUGAGCGGUUGUCUGAAAAAACUCUAGGUUUUUUGAAGCUGUGGGGAUUUUUAUCGGCAAAAAUGGGUAGUGAAUGCAUGCAAUAUGAGUCAAUUUGGUUUGACAGACAUGUUUUUGACGARGCCGAGGAGUUGAAUCAGAUGUACCUCAAUGGUCUUCCUCUACCAGUCCAAGAUGGCCACCAUCAUCACGGUCAUCAUCAUGAUCACGGCAAACACCACGGCAAACAACACCAUGAUCAUCAUGAUAAACAACAUCAUGAACACAAGCAACACCACGGCAAGCACCAAGAUCACCAUCAUGGCAAGCAACACCACGACCAUCACAAACAACAUCACGGAAAAGGCUCUUCUACCUCUGUGAUGGAGAUAGCCGAGGCUCGUAGAAAAAUACAACAAACCCUAAGUGGGGCUCCACCUGGUGCCUCAAGCCACUCGGUCAACGAAAAACGCCUAGAUCAACUUGAAGCUGACAAUAAAGAACUUCGUCAACAAAAUAAAGAACUUGUAGAAGCCAUGAAGAAGCUAGAACUGCGUGUUGCUCAACUAGAAUCAAGCAAAACUACUGCACAAGCACCAGCACCAACUCCUCCACCUAAAGAAGCAAAAAAAGAGGUGAAGAAGGAAGACAAGGACGAAGACGAUGACGAUUCUGAUGACGACAUGUUUGGAUCUGAUUCAGAGAACCAAAAGUAAUUGCCAAGUCAUCAAUCACCAUUGACGUUAAACCAUGGGACGAUGAAACAGAUGUUAAAGAAAUGGAAAAACUUGUACGUUCAAUCACUGCUGAUGGGCUUGUGUGGGGAGCAGCCAAAAUCCUACCAAUAGCUUAUGGUAUUAUGAAGCUGCAAAUCGCUUGUGUUGUGGAAGAUGACAAAAUUGGAACUGACUUCUUAGAGGAAAGUAUUGGUGCAUUUGAGGAUCAUGUCCAAAGUGUUGACGUGGURUCAUUCAACAAGCUCUAAGCUCCAGAGAAUUAUAAUUUAAUAAUUGUUAAAUAAACAGGAUAUGAACUUGUA